UCCCCAUUAUGAUCGCAAUUCUAUCGACUUUUCCUUCAUGAUGAAACGGGGCGCACACGAAGCGCGUUUCGGACGCCCACAACUGCUGCUGUUUACUGGUGCGUUUGUGUCAUUGGGCGUGUGGGCGCCGUCGUCGGGCGCAAGAGUAGAUAGCCCUUCUCGACGAGCUUCCCUUCCCUCUCCUUCGCAAAGUUGCCUAUUCAGCAACCGUAUCGUACAGUACAUGUGCCUGCUUACAUUGACGCACUUGUGUCUUCGAGCACAAGAGACUGACUGAUCGCGAUGCUCCAGGCACUCCUGCUGCACCUGCUCCUUGUCUCGUCGGCGUCGUCGUCGACGCGAGCCGCUGGCGAAAAGCCCGGUCCCCAGCCGUCGAAAUUUUCAUACAGACAACCGCCACUGCCACCACCGUCGUCGUUGCCAUCAUCGUCGCUGCUACUUGGGCCCCCGCAGCUUGCUUCUCCACACCACCGCCGGGCCCCUCCAGCUGCCCCAGCGCCAGUUCCAGCGCCAGCGCCAGCUCCAGCUCGCUCAGCCGCUCGCAUGCCGCAGUUCCCCAGCACACACCGGGGUCCAGCAGCUGCGCAGAAGCCACAUGCCGGCCAUCUCGACGCAUUCGACAGCGCCGGGUCUGCCUCGCCGCUGGGCUUCUUCCGCUCCGACCUUGUCGACGACCUCGACAGCGAUGAGCCCGACUCCCCUGCGCAUGAUCCUAGCGUAACGAGCGGCAAUGACAACGACAACAGCAACAAAAAGGACGACAAUGUCGACAGCAACGGAGACGGAGACGACGACGACAAGGCAGACAACGUCGUCGCGCCGCCCGCCUCCGUCCUGACGUCGUCCUCUGGCGCAGGAAAUCCAACAAGUGAAUCCGAAGCCCUGCUCGCAGCGAUGUACCCCUGUGGCGAUGCGGAGCUGGCGAUGCUGCGAGGCUACCGACAGCGCCGGCGCGUCUGGCGGCCCGGCCCAGGCACAGGCUCAGGACCAGGCACAGGACCAGGGCGAGGCAAGCACGCAAAGCACUCGCGGCAGGUCGUCGUGAUAGUGCCGAACCCCGUCAAGGUCAGCUCGAUCAAGGGCGUGGGCUGAGAGAGAGAGACUGCAGCAAGACCACCCAAUGUAUGACGUAGAGAGAGAAACAAAAGUAGGUAUCCUUGGAGAGCGAGAGUAAUCAACAUACAGCAGAGCUUCUUCCAUGACGGCACACGAGAGGAGUGGUGAUGGGGUGGUGGUGGCUGAAACAUCAGAUCUCGGCCCAGCCGGUGCUUUGACCCUGCCGCUCUCCGCUGACGAGGGUGAGGGCAAAGACGAGGGCAUUGGCGCCGACGGCAAAGCCAAAGCCCCUGUAGAGCGAGUAGAGGCCGCCGAGGCUGCUGUGGCCGUGCUUGGCGAGGAUGCCGCUCUUUGCGAGGUCGUCAUCGUCGUCUUCGUCGGCGUCGUUAUUGCUCCGAGACGCUCGCUGCUGCUCUCUCCGUCGGCGGGCAGCAGGAUCGCGGGGCACGGGCGUCGUCGACGUCUCCUCGGUCAGG